CCCUUUUCUUUUCUUUCACUGUCUCCUCUCUGUGCCACCCUCAACCCUUUUCUAUUAUAAAUUCACCCCCAAAUUGCUUACACAACUUCCCCUUCUCUUCUCUUCUCUCCUCCGAAGAAGCUCUGUUCUCUGUUUCCCUGUGAUCAUCAUCAAUCUUAGGAACCCUAACCCGAUCAUCAAUUCAAUUUCCAGGGUUUCGUUUGGAUCUCGAUGCUGAGAAUCUAUUGUGUUCAUGUUUAACAUUCAUGCCUUCUGUUAUCAGUGAAAUUUCCCGUUCCGGUUGCAUGAUAAACUCUUCCUUCAGGCGCAGGACCCAUCUAGUUCAAUCUUUCUCCGUUGUCUUCCUUUACUGGUUCUAUGUUUUCUCGUUAAUCUGCACUUUCCUCUCGUAUAUGAUUAUAUAAUCUAGCUAGCUAGCUUAAUCAUCUACAUAAAUAAAUCAGCUUUUUUAAUUUUGCAAAUUGUUAGGGUUUCUGGGUCCUGCGUCUUGAUUAGGAUUUUGGAGUUGUUUUGUUUAAUCUUUGGUUUGGAAGUUGAAUAAUUCCCCGAACCGAGAAAAAAAUCUAGUCUUUUUUUGUGUUGUGUGAUCUUUGGUCAUACACUCAUAUGGCGUCGUCGAGUGGAAACUCCUCUACCACCACCAAGUUUCAGAGCUCUGGCUCUGAGGGUGAUUUGCAGAUGGUGAUGGAUCAGAGGAAGAACAAGAGGAAGCAAUCGAAUCGCGAAUCGGCGAGGCGAUCCAGGAUGAGGAAACAGAGCCACUUGGAGGAUCUGACCAGCCAGGUUACUCAGCUGACGAAGGAGAACGGCGAGAUCCUCACCAACAUCAACAUCACCUCACAGCAAUAUCAGAAUGUUGAGACAGAGAAUUCCAUUCUGAGGGCUCAGAUGGGAGAGCUCAGCCAGAGGCUUCAAUCUCUGAAUGAUAUCAUCAAUGUGAUCAAGACAAGCGCUGCUGCCACCACCACAACCACAGGGUCCUAUAAUGAAAGGGAAUUUUACCAAACAGGUGCACUGAACUUCAGCUAUCUGAACCAGCCUAUCACUGCUUCUGCAGACAUUUUUCAGUGGUGAAUUGAAUUGUCUCUAUCAAGAAAAAUUGAGAAAAAGGGUCUCUAAUUCUUGUUUGGUCUUGUUAUGUUUUCUUCAAAUGGGAUUGCGUCAUGGUGGAAGAAAUUGGAAUCAAUAAUUGUUGUACUGUGUUUGGGGGAGGCAAUACUUAGUGGGAGAUGAAAUGAUAGAUUAUCAAACACUAAUCAAGUGCUUAAUGAAAAUGACGCAGUGGCUGGUCCUAUUAUGUUAUGGUUAGGUCAUUAGUAAUUUUCUGUCGUGUCUAUUAUUUUGUUGUUAGUUGUUGUUAUGAUUAUUAUGGAGGAAAGGAAAGGGGAUUUUUCUUUCUCUUUUGUGGUAUAAAGAAAGAGAAUGAUUUAGGUGGUGUAAGGGUAAUCUAGACUUAAAUAUGUUGUUAUGGUAUCGUUUGGUAUGUUAUGUUUGCUUAGUGUAAAAAUGGUACUUUUUAAGGA